UGUCUGGGGCAACAGGAGUGAAGUUUCAAAUGAACACAACAACUGAAACGACCUACACAGAUAUCCCAACUGCCAAUAUCUUAUCUACAGUGAUCUUACUUGUGAGCAAUCUGUUUGGGCUGGUUGUGAACACCCUUUACCUCUGGGUCCUCGGAUUCAGGAUGCCCAAGAGUAUCAACACCACUUGGUUUUUACAUUUAAUUUUAUCUAAUUUACUUUUUACAUUCAUAAUGCCAUUCCUUGCUGUGUAUUUGAUAACAGAUCCCCAUUGGAUUAUGGGAUCCUUCCUAUGUAAGUCCAUUCACUCACUCUUUUCUGCAGUUAUGUUUACAUCUGUUUUCUCUCUCACUGUAAUCAGCCUCGAUCGCUACAGUUUUGUCUGCCACCCAGUCUGGUACAGAGGACACAUGAAUAACCGCUAUGCAUCUACCAUCUGCAUUUGUAUAUGGGGGUUGGCCAUUUUGUUUUGCUCCCCAUAUUUUGCAUUUCGCCAGACACGCCUGCUGGAGGACAAUACAACUGCCAUUUGCUACAAUGAUUAUACACUUUCUGGAUCAAUUCCACAAAACUCAGCAAUACAACUGAGAUGGGUCAUGUUCAGCUUUCGCCUAAUAUUGGGCUUCCUACUGCCGUUUGCUGUAAUCACUGUUUGCUAUCUGUCCAGGGAUGGCAGUAGGAAAAGCGUCAGCUCUAACUAUUAA